GGUCUUUGGUCUAUCGGUGUGAGUCUGACAGUCUGACUCUGACUGUGACUGGUCAGUUGUUGAAGAACUUCGGAGGAAGUUGGCUGUACCGUACCUCCUCUCUGUCUUUGCUUGCUGUGAUAAGUGCGUUUGUUUGUUUGUUCAAGACAAACAGAUAAGUGCGGCCCCUUUAAAUAAUUACUAGUUAUUUAGCUUUGAGGCUGUUUGCAACAAAUUAAGAAAAUGAUUGGGGUAAUCAUGGUUGUGUAUCAGUACAUACUAGUUGUAUUUGACCUUAUCCAUUUGUGGGUAUAUUCUAUAUUCCUGAUCUUACAGUCUGCAUGGUAUCUUAUAUCUCCCCGGUCCAUGAAGUCAGUCACUGGAGAAAUAGUUUUGAUAACAGGUGCAGGUCAUGGAAUUGGUCGUGAACUUGCACUGCAGUUUGCUCGGCUUGGAGCAAAGGUUAUUUGCUUAGACAUUAAUGAGAAGAAUAACAAGUCAACAGUAGCUGACGUUUGCCGAGAAGGAGGAACUGCUUGGGCCUACAAAUGUGAUGUCUCUCAAAGAGAAGAAGUAAAUGUGGUUUGCCGGAAGAUUCAGGAAGAAAUUGGACUUGUGACCAUACUAGUUAACAAUGCUGGAAUCAUGCCAUGUAAAGCCUUUAUGAAACACACACCAGAGGAAAUUGAAAAGCUAUUUAGUAUCAAUGUCUUUGCUCAUUUUUGGAUGAUUAGAGAAUGGUUACCCCUUUUUGUCGCAGCUGGUAAAGGCCAUGUUGUAGCAGUAUCUUCCAUUGCAGGUCUUAUGGCAACAAGUAAUUUAGUGCCAUACUGUUCAAGUAAAUAUGCUGUGAAAGGCUUAAUGGAUGGACUGAGCGAAGAGUUGCGCUAUGCUGAGAGACAUCCAAACAUAAAAUUCACUUGUAUUCACCCAUUUGUGGUGGACACUGGGCUUGCCCAGAAGCCUCGAAUCAGAUUCCCUUACUUUAACCCAAUAACGACGACUUCAGAAUGUGCAGGAAAGAUUAUUGAAGGCGUUCGCCGAGAAGAGGACACUGUGUGCAUUCCAUCAAAAGACUACUAUGGGCAUAAGUUGAUGAACUUAGUACCUAUCAGCGUACGCAAAGCUUUCCUGGACUUUAUGGACACAGGAGUGGAUGAACACGAUAGCUAAAUGCUGGUUUUCCAUCUUGAAGAAUGGUUGUUUUUCCAUCAUGACCAAAUCUUCCAUUGGUCUUGGUAAUAACUGUUGUCUAUUUUAAUGAACUUUUAUGAUUAGCUAAGUGAUUUUAGAACAAAGACCAGUCAGACUGAUGGGCAGUCUUUCUGAUAAGUUGAUGGGAAUUUUUAGUCAUGAAAGUUUUAUUUUUGUAAGGAAUUUAGACUAAAGUGCCUUUAUGAAAAUUUUCAUAUUUAAAGUUCUUUUUGUGAAUUAAGGUAUAGUGAAGGUUGUAUGCACAAUUGGAUGAGGAUUAACAGUAAAUGCAUGUGUCUUAUGUUUGUUCUUUAUAAAAAAAGUUUUAUGAGCGGCUCUUAACCACCAGACUUGCUUUAUAUAAAGUAUUGUGAGCUGCUCCAAACCAAUCUUGCUCAAACUGAAGCUCAUCCAUUCUUUCCCUCUCAACAUAAUAUUUUAAAGCAAAUUAAGUGAGCAAUUUUUUUUCAUGUAAUGGAAACACAGGCUAGUAUUACAACCCAAAUCUUAAAAAAAGAAAAUAAAAAAGAAGCUGCCUGAUAACCACAGUCUUAUGAAGGGACAAAAAGAACUGUUGAUAACCAGUCUUAUUUUGUGUUGUGAAAGAGGGGGAAGGCUAAAACACAUCUAAUCUGGUGAAGCCCUUUGAAAACCUGUUAUCAGUAGUCUAUUUCAGAUAUGUGAAAGAGCAGCGUUCAUUAGCAUUAUGGUAGAUGGAAUUUUAUGAUGUAGGAAAUUAACUUAAAAAAAGGGGGGGGGGGUUUUCCUAACUUUUACCUAUAUUGGUCUGCUGCUGAACCUUUUUGAAGAUGUUAUCUAGACUAACAAUUCUAAUAUUUGACUUGUAAGUCUUCUAGAGAUAGCAGUGCAGAGGCACAUGUAUAAGUGCAAACCUCAUAGAUUUUGAAACAAUAUUAUAUUAAACUUUGGGUUGUGCUUAGUUGUAUAUACUUUGAAAAGAACUCAAACAUCAAAAUAUUUCCAAAGGUUAACACUAAUCAUAACUAUGAAAUAUAUGUAGUGUUUUAAUGAAAGAAUAUGUUAUUCAGGCUGUCAUAGUUAUACUUUUAUUUCAAACUAUUUUAGAUUAAUAAAAUUUUAUACCAUUUAGAUUAUUUAGAUUUUUACAUAAAGAGUAAUGAUAUUUUAAGUCUUCUAUACUGGUUAAACUAUUUUACAAAAGUAAUAUAGUAUACAUACAUUGUGAAAAUACUUGUUGUAUUGGUUUCUUGGCUGUAUUUAGAUAAGUGUAACACUUACCUAAUAGUGUACUAUAUUCUAUGAGGCACUUGCAAAUGCCACCACCUCUGUGAUGUUCUGUACAUAUACCUCAACUUUUCCUAAAUAUUCAACCACAAAUGUUACUCUCUUAUAAUGAACUUUAAGGUAUUCACACGGAUUGUUGAGGAAAUUUUCUAGGCUGUGACUUAUUAUUAGGUAGUGCAACCUUAUACAAAGUAUUGAAGUUACAACCUGAAUGGAUGAAAAUGUAUUUAUUGUAUUCAUUUAUGGAUUUUUGUAUGUAGCAUAGCCACUUUAUUAUUAUUGUAUGUAUACCUUGCAAACUGCAAAGUUUGCUUUGGAAUUUGAACUCCUGGCUACCUAAGUAUUUCACUGCUAUUGAAUGUGUAGCUGGAAGAUAGGCAGGUUUCCUGCUCAGUUUUAAGCUGGAAAGUAGCAGAAACCUACUCUUCUCUCAAAUGGGAAAGAUACUUCAGUUGCUUAAUCCAUUUCCCCUGUCAAUCAGAACCAAAAUACACUUCCAUUUCUUAAACCAUUUCCCUGUCAAUCAGAACCAAAAUACACUUUAGUUUCUUACCAAAAUACACUUCAUUUUCUUAAACCAUUUUUCUGUCAGUCAGAACCAUAAUACACUUCCAUUUCUUAAACCAUUUCUCUGUCAAUCAGAAUCAAAAAACACUUUAGUUUCUUACCAAAGUACACUUCAGUUUUUUAAACCAUUUCCCUGUCAAUCAGAACCAAAAUACUUAAACUUUAGUUCCUUAAACCAUUUCAAUGUCAAUCAGAACCAAAAUACACUUCAGUUUCUUGAACUAUUUCCCUGUCAGUCAGAACCAAAAUAGAGUUUGGUUUCUUAAGCCAUUUCCCUGUCAAUCAGAACCAAAAUACAUGAUCAGUGCCGCCCAUCACAUAUUAGCCAUUACUAGUUUUUAACAAAUGAAGGUACAAAAAUAGUGAAUACAGCUAUUGUAAUAAAUGUAAUUAGCAUUUAGAGUAAUGUAACUUUAAAUUAAAAGUGUUGGGCAAUAGGAAAUGCUGUUGUCAAUUUUAUUACAAUUUAUUGUAUUAGUAAAAAUUUAAAUUAUUAGUA